GGGCUUUUCCAGGACCCUCUCGCGGUGAACCGGAUGCUCUGCCAGUCUCCUCCUCCGCGUCCUCGACCGCCGCCCGCGCUCCUCGCCAAGCCGCUGCUACCCCGCGGGCCCAGCCCGGGCGCUGGGCAGUUGGUCCCGGCAGGUCGGGACGCCGGUAGGAGCUGGGCACGCACGGCUACCGCGCGUGGAGGAGACACUGCCCUGCGGCGAUGGGGGCCGGGGGCGCUCCUUCACGCCGGAGGCAGGCGGGACGGCGGCUGCGGUACCUGCCCACCGGGAGCUUCCCCUUCCUCCUCCUCCUGCUCCUCCUGUGCAUCCAGCUCGGGGGAGGACAGAAGAAAAAGGAGAACCUUUUAGCUGAGAAAGUAGAACAGCUGAUGGAGUGGAGUUCCAGACGCUCAAUCUUCCGAAUGAAUGGUGAUAAAUUCCGGAAAUUUAUAAAGACACCACCUCGAAACUAUUCUAUGAUUGUUAUGUUCACAGCUCUUCAGCCCCAGCGGCAGUGUUCUGUGUGCAGGCAAGCUAAUGAAGAAUAUCAGAUACUGGCUAACUCCUGGCGCUAUUCAUCUGCUUUCUGUAACAAACUCUUCUUUAGUAUGGUGGACUAUGACGAGGGGACAGAUGUUUUUCAACAGCUCAAUAUGAACUCUGCUCCUACAUUCAUGCAUUUUCCUCCAAAAGGCAGACCCAAAAGAGCUGAUACAUUUGACCUUCAAAGAAUUGGAUUUGCAGCUGAACAACUAGCAAAGUGGAUUGCUGAUAGAACAGAUGUUCAUGUUCGGGUCUUCAGACCACCCAACUACUCUGGCACCAUUGCUCUGGCCUUGUUAGUGUCACUUGUUGGCGGUUUGCUCUACUUAAGAAGGAACAACCUGGAGUUCAUCUACAACAAGACUGGUUGGGCCAUGGUGUCUCUGUGUAUAGUCUUUGCUAUGACUUCUGGCCAGAUGUGGAAUCAUAUCCGUGGACCUCCAUAUGCUCAUAAGAACCCUCACAAUGGACAAGUUAGCUACAUUCACGGGAGCAGCCAGGCUCAGUUCGUGGCAGAGUCACAUAUCAUUCUGGUAUUGAAUGCUGCUAUCACCAUGGGGAUGGUUCUUCUCAAUGAAGCUGCAACUUCCAAAGGAGAUGUUGGAAAAAGACGGAUCAUUUGCCUGGUGGGAUUAGGCCUGGUGGUCUUCUUCUUCAGUUUUCUGCUUUCAAUAUUUCGUUCCAAGUACCACGGCUAUCCUUACAGCUUUUUAAUUAAAUGAAGCCAAGUGGGAAAUGCGUAAGGUGAAUGUUUACCAUGAAGAUAAACUGUCCUGACAUUAGACUGUUCUGAAUUCCUGAGUUCACUUCUGUGUUGACUGUGAUAAACUAGUUUAUUCCUGUAUAAUUCUUUUAAAUGUGGGUUUGCUAGUAAAUUUAAUUUAUAGAAGCGGAUGGUAAAAUUUAAUAAUCUACAAAGGAAGCAUAGAAGUGUUUUUUGCAUAUAUUAUGUUCAGUGUAUGCCACAGGAUUGAAUAAAUUACAGUGUAAUUAUGAA